AUGUGGGCAUCCAGACUGUUAUCCGCAGAGGACACGCCCUCCGGGGAAGGCCAGGAGUCUCGGGUUUGGAAUGCCGCCAUCGAAAAGGCCUUCUCGCGCUUCGACUGGAUGGAGAGCUUCCGCAUGACCAAACCGACCUUCAACUACCUGUGUAACCAGCUGCGGCCGGUCGUUCGCAGGAUGGACGCCGGCAUGUGCCAAGCCAUCCCGGUGGAGGUGCGGCUGGCGGUGGCGCUGUGGCACCUAGGUUCCUCCUGCGAUUUCCAGACGAUGGAGGAGAUCUUUGGGCUCUCUUGUUCCACCAUAGUUCGGGUCAUCCGCGACGUGUGUGAAGCGGUGGCGUCCAUCCUUGCCCCUAAAUUAGUUUCCGUCCCUCAAGGAGAUAUUCUUCAAGAGACUCUUAAGGGGUUUGAACAUCGCUAUGGCCUAGCGCAGGUGGCCGGAGUGGUUGGGACCCUACAUGUAGCCAUAGGUCCCUCUAACGACUCUACGGGCCAGUUCUACAACACCAAAGGAUGGCGUUCCGUGGUCCUCCAAGCAGUGGUGGACCCUGACUUCUGCUUUUGGGACUUGAACGUUGGCUGCCCCGGUAGCUUAUCGGAUUCUCAGGUUCUGGUGGCCUCUGAGCUUUACGAGCACGGCACAGAAGGAACUCUGUUCCCCAACACCGCCAAGAACGUGAACGGUGUUGAGGUGCCCAUCCAUUUGUUGGGGUCACGUUCCUACCCCCUCCUCCCGUGGCUUAUGACGCCCCUCACCAAAGAAUCAACGGCGGCCGAUGUGGAGCUGAACCGACGCUUUACAUCUGCCCUGACCUUGACUCAGAUAGCCUUCGGGCGCCUCAAGAGCCGUUGGCGUUGCCUGUUGAAGAGCAGCCACGUGGACCUCGCCUUCUUGCCGAUCCUGGUCACCGCUUGUUGCGUCCUUCAUAAUAUCUGUGAAGGCCGCAGAGAACCUUUUGAAGAUCACUGGCUGGAGGAGGCCUCCGAAGAGGAACUAGAGCAACCCAGUGAGGUGGAGGAAGAUGAUAUGGAGAUGGAGGGAGCGGCCGAGGAGAUACGGACUGCUCUUGCAAGCCAUGUACGGACUUGA